UUAUGUAGGCUGAUCGGUCACCGGUGGCGGGCUGGGCUGUGUAAUUAUUGCAUGUAUCGCGUAAAGUAUUUGGUGCAAUUCGAGGACCAGUGCUCCGAUUUCAGUACGAUGGACUGUACGGUGUCGCAGUUGAAUCCUUUGCAUCGGGCCUGCUCGCCCGAACAGAUCAAUUGCCAUCCUAACGAUAUGAGAACGUCCCCGAACAGCGCCGAUUGCUACUCGUCGGAGGGCGACCACCCGCUGGCGCUGUGCCUGCCGGCCUCGCAGACUCUCAUACAGGCCUCCAGGACGCCGCCGCCCGCCUGGAAUUUGCCCGCCAAGAAGGGCACGCCCGGGCUCAUAUGCGUCGUCUGCGGGGACACCAGCUCCGGGAAGCACUACGGCAUCCUGGCCUGCAACGGCUGCUCCGGCUUCUUCAAGAGGUCCGUCCGGAGGAAACUCAUCUACAGGUGCCAGGCGGGGACGGGGAGAUGUAUCGUGGACAAAGCCCACAGGAACCAGUGUCAAGCGUGCAGGUUGAAGAAAUGCCUGUCUAUGGGGAUGAACAAAGAUGCUGUCCAAAACGAGCGGCAGCCGAGGAACACUGCGACCAUUCGUCCUGAGGCGCUCAGAGACAUGACCGCCGAGCAGGAGAGGGCCUUGCGAGAGGCGGCUGUCGCUGUCGGAGUAUUCGGGUAA